AUGGCUGUCGAAAAUAUGAGUGAAAGGGACCCCCUUUCACCGGCAGAAGAAGACAAUUUACUUUCUGAAGAAAAUGAGUCAGCGAAUCCCUCGCCCCAGGGCACAGACAAAGUGCUGGCUAACGUUUUGUCGGCCAUGACCCAAAUGAGUUCCACCAUGCUGUCCAUGGAAAACGCAAUGAAACGUUUAGCUGACGCACCAGAAGACCAUGCUACACCACCGAAAAGGAGAAGACAACCUCCUGAAUCUAGUGCAAUGAGAGAUAGCGGAGAUUCAGACCCUGAACAGUUAGAUUCCAAGGAACUCAAUUUCCCGCCGAACGGCGACCCGCCAAAACCGGGCAGCUCUGUCACAGAGGACGCAUUGCUCAAUGAAAUUGCUCAAGACUUUAAGUCGGACGAGCAAACUGACCCGAAAGUCGCUCAGAAAUUGGCGGAUAUCGCCAAUAAGCGAUGGGGCUCUAAGUUGGAGGAAGCCAAAUUAAAAGAAAAAUUGGCGAAAUACAAUCGACCCGAUAAUUGUGAGAAAUUAACUGUGGUAAAGGUCAACCCCGAGAUAUGGAAUAAGCUGAAGCAAGGGACCAAGAGCGCGGAUUUGCGUCUUGCAAACAUGCAGAAAGUACUUGUCAAAGUCGGUAGUGCUGUCGCCAAAUCGACUGACACACUGCUGGCCAUCCGUGCAGAUCCUGAGAAGACUUCAGCUUUGGCUCUCACUGAGAAAUUGGGGAAAUUAGUCACGUAUAACGCUGACGCUCUGGCAUUGUUAGGCAGUGUAAACAUUGAGCUGUCUUACCGUCGACGCGACGCUAUCAAACCAAACUUAAAUGACGAAUAUUCCUCGUUGAGUGGUUCUCAAAUACCCAUCACGGGCUUGUUAUUUGGCGAUGAGCUGCACUCUCAGCUUAACAAUAUCAAAGCAACUAACAAAAUUGGGCAUACGACUACUGCAAAGUCAUCUUAUCGAAACCAUAGCAAUGGCUGGAAGGCAAAUCUUCUCACUCUAGUGGAAAGCCUUUUUUAG